GCUGCCCCAACCACAGCUGCCCCAACAACUGCUGCUGCAACCACAGCUGCCCCAGCUGCUGCAACCACAGCUGCCCCAACAACAGUGGCUGCAACCACAGCUGCCCCAACAACUGCUGCUGCAACCACAGCUGCCCCAACCACAGCUGCUGCAACCACAGCUGCCCCAACAACAGCU